CAGGUAAAGACGCAGCCGGGCUAAUGUAUCGGAACUUACCUUACAUAAACUUAUGUCACACGGAGGCUCUUUAUAACCAACUUCUAAACAUACUAAAGCUUAUAUUUCUUCGCUUCAAAUGUUAGAUGUCUUGACCAACUUCGAAAUUCUUGCAUGGAUAAAAUACUAGAUAAAUGAAAGUACUAUAGAGGCGAUGGAGACAGAUUCGGUGAGAGUCGAGUCGAGUCUUUGGAUCGGUAAUAAACGCUACAGGGCUUUCCUCAGCGGAUGGUACUUCAGCUGGACUGAGAUCGACGAGAGGAACCGGGAGAAGAAAACAAUUUCAGUGCCGGUGUCAGAGGUGAUUGGGGUGAAGGAGGGUCGAGUUGAGAUCCAACCCCAGAAGAAAGUAGAGGACACUGAUCUUGAUUUUACAUUAUUCUAUGUGAAGCGCAACAGCAAAGGAAAAGGCAUUAGAGUACCGUGGAGUCUGGGCAGGACCCAGUUCUGCUGUCCUAGCCGGGGUGUCCGGGAUCAAUGGAUCACUCAACUCCGAACCGCACUCAAAACCCACAGCCCCUCGCGUCCUCACAGGUUGUUAGUGUUCAUUAAUCCUUUUGGAGGAAAGAAGAGGGGGAAACAGAUCUUUCACUCUCUAGUGGCCCCUCUGUUUGAGCUGGCUGGCAUCAGCUCUCAUGUUGUGGUGACUGAACGAGCAAAUCAAGCCAGAGACUACAUUCUGAAGAAAGACUUAACAGGGUUUGAUGGAGUCAUAUGCGUGGGUGGAGACGGCAUGUUCAGCGAGCUGCUGCACGGUGUGAUUGGACGAACCCAGCAGGAGGUGGGAGUUUCAGAACAUGACCCGACCGUAAUGCUGCAGCCGUGUGACCUCCACAUUGGCAUUAUUCCAGCAGGCUCUACAGAUUGUGUGUGUUUCACUACCAUGGGCAUUAAUGACCCUGUGACAUCGACGCUGCACAUCAUCAUUGGAGACUCUCAGCCUCUGGAUGUGUGUUCUGUCCAUUAUCAGUCAACACUGGUGCGUUAUUUUGUCUCUAUGGUGGGCUACGGUUUCUAUGGAGAUGUUUUGGCAGAGAGUGAAAGGCACCGCUGGAUGGGCCCUCUCAGAUAUGAUUAUUCAGGUUGUAUGGUGUACUUGUGUAACAGGAGCUAUCCAGGGCAAGUGCAGUACCUCCCUGCUGAUUCCCAUAUAUCCAGCCCACGGGACAACACUCGCUGCCUCUCAGGGUGCCGAGUGUGUUCAGAGAGUAAAGAGAGGCUGUUCCCCCACUUUAACAGCUCCAGUUCCCUCUACAGCGCUAAUGUGAGCCAGUACAGCAGUGAGUUAGAGGGUGAGUGGGUGACUAUUGAAGGCAGGUUCAAGUGUAUCUCUCUCACCUGUAUGUCAAGCUCAUGUCCACGGAGCCCAAAAGGUCUUUCACCAUCCGCCCACCUGGCCGAUGGGACGGCUGACCUCAUCCUGGUGCGAGAAGCGAACCCUCUGGGUUUUCUCACAUACCUUCACAGGCACACAAACACACAGGAUCAGUUUGACCUGCCCUUUGUUGAAGUUUAUCGUGUCAAGGCUGUUCGGUUUUCUCUACCCCCUGGAGAAGGAGAAGAAGAAGAAGAAGAAGAAGAAGAGGAGGAGGAGGAGUAUGAGGGGGCUGAUCGAGAAAUUCAGGCCUCCACUGAGAGUGUGCUGGAAGAUCCAGAGAAACUGUGCUGUAGUAACAUUGCAGGUCACUCACAGCAGCAUCUCGCAGAGAGGAAGGAGAGAGGAAAUGUGGCAAUGAGUAGAGUAAAGAGACCAGGCUUCGUGUGUGGGCCUUGCUGCACUAAACCUCGCUCGGUAUCAGUGUGGAACUGUGAUGGAGAAAUUCUACCUCACACCGAGAUCUCAUGCAGAGUUCAUGGCCAGCUGGUGCGUCUCUUUGCCAGGGGCAUCGAGGAUUCAACAAAGCCAUGAAACCUAGCUAACAAAACAGAUAUGAUCAACCUAACAGAUGACUUAUUUAUUGCAUUCUUCAUGAGGACAUUAUUGUAAGGGAGAUCAAUUAUUAUGUAAAUAAAAUGUAUGAUGGGUGAGUCUUAAAAGGUGUGUUUAUAAGAUGUACAAUGGUGCAGAGAUGUCAUUUGAGUUCAUUUCACAUUUGUUAGCAAGAUAUUUCAGCCGUUCCUAUAUUUUCAUGGAAAUAUCGAGAAGAGAGAUAUUAUCACAUGUGGGUGAUGGAUCAGUUUUAGAUCUGUCAUAAUAUUGUUCAUUUCACUGAUUGUAUAGCUUUUUUUUGCAGUGUAAAAAAGUAUGCAACAUUUUAGUGCAGUCUGACAGAUAAUGUUAACUGUUGGGUCAUGUUUAUUAAAUUGAGGUUUUGCACAUUAGAGAGAGCACUGGUUUGUCUGUCUAACGCUUGUACAUGGGAGUGGCGGUCACAAACAGAGUGAAUGACAUGUUUUAAGGGAGUGGACUCAUUCCAGUCAACUGGAAUGUGCAUAGACAGGAUGUCAAUAGGUUUAAUGUUCAGAAUCAUGAAUUAAUAGAUUUGUGUUUGUCCAAAU